CAGUCAGCUAACGAAGUGGCAACGCCGCAAGGCACGCCAUAUUUUACAACAGCAAUUGCGAAAAUCGGUUUUUGUGGCGGAGCAAAACCGAAGAGCAAUUGGAACCACUUGUAAAAUCGUUUAAAAUCAGAGCGGGGCGUGUUAAAUAACAGGGAUUACCUGAACUCAAGGGGUUGGGGCGGAUUCAGAUGUUUAUCCAGCGCCGCAAGUGCACAACAACGACGUAGAAGAAGAAGCAGUCAACUGUAGACAGCUAGUGUAAAAAACGAAGUGACAGAAACAAAAAAUGAUGAAACAAAUAGUCGGAAAAAGCGGCAGCAAGCCGCAGCCUACGGAGGCUGCCACCGCCGGGGCAUCCGCAUCGAUAAUCACUUAUAGCCCGAGCAAAUUCCUCAACCGCGUUGGGCCAGGCGACAAUACAUACACCACACACAGCCACACUCACACCAGUGCAAGCGCAGCAGCAGCGAUGGCAACGGCAACGACAGCGACGUCGGUGAAGACGGCGGCGGCGAACAUAACAACAAAAACAAACAAAUCCCCUGCUGGCGGAGGUUUGACGUCGUAUUUUGUGGUAAAGGCCGGCUCCCUGGGCAGUGCAGCCUCCAUGACGGGCUCGAUCAAAGUCAGCAGUCCCCCAAAAGCUGGGUCAGCGGCAAAAACGCCGUCGCUGGUCAUCACAUCGCCGUCCCCGCCGACAGAGAGUUCCAGCACCAUUUCGGCUCCCAGUGAAUCGUCGUUUGGCGAGAAAAUGGAGCAUAGCUACAUCCGUGAUCCCGUUAUACGGAAUGAAGUUAACAAUGGCCUCGCACCCGCUAGGAAUAUACUGGUACGGCAUCCGCCGCAGUGUCCCAGUUGCCACACAUAUCCGCAACAAGAGGAUCCGACGGAGAUGCAGCAGGUACAUGUGCCGCCCUACGACGAGAUUGCCGCUAAGGAGGCAAUGAACGAAUGCGCUCGCAUUGCCAAAUACGUGAAGAACAACAAUUCCGAUGAGCAGGAUUGGGUGGCCCGCGUCAAUCAAUUUGGCUGGACACCCAUGCAGCAGCUCCUGUUCGAGAAGGUGUGCUCCAUCCUUGAUCAGGAUCAGUUGGCGCGUUUGGCCAACGACAAGCGUCAGCAUGAGGCCAUUCACCGCCGAGUGAGCGUGGAUAAAUCAGCCUCCCGUCUUCGCAAAGCUCUUGCCGGCGUAUCCUGGGAACCUCGGAUCACCCAAUGGCUGCACACGCUGCUCAUGGAGCAUCUGUCGGCUUCGUACAUGGCCUCCUAUCUGGACAUUCUGCAGACGCUGAAAACAAAGCUGCCCACACUGGUAGAUAAGAUGCUAUUCAGCCGCCCGCUUAAUAAUAGUCAGGAACUGCUGGCUCCAGUGAUGAAGAAACGCUGGGAACCAAAUAUAUUGCCCAAGGGACGUCAAUUAUCGCACAACGCCAUCAUAGUUGUGCUCCCAACCAUGCCCACCAGUGGCGUUGUCACCGAGCGCAUGCAGAAAUGGUACCAGGCGCUCGCUACCAUCACCCAGGUCGUACAGAUCACGCUGCCCAACUCGAACAACAGAAUGGCGAAUCAAAAUCUCGACCAGGUGGCUGAAACCAUUGUAUCCCUCACGCGUGUCAGGAUACAUGAAUUGCGCACUGACAAUCCCAACCGUGGUAUCAUUCUCGUCGGCUUUAAUGCCGGAGCGUCUUUGGUCCUGCAAGUUGCCCUGUCGGAAAGUGUGGCCUGUGUGGUUUGCAUGGGUUUUGCCUACAAUACAAUACGCGGUCCUCGAGGAUUGCCCGACGACCGAAUGCUGGACAUAAAGGCGCCCAUACUCUUCGUCAUCGGACAGAACUCGGCCCGUACUAGUCAGGAGGAGAUGGAGGGGCUACGCGAGCGUAUGCAGUCCGAGUCCUCGUUGGUGGUGGUGGGCAGUGCAGAUGAUGCGCUCAGAGUCCCCAAGAGCAAGCGGCGCAUCGAGGGCGUAACACAGGCCAUGGUGGACUAUAUGGUGGUGGAGGAAAUCUUCGAUUUUGUUAGUCGGACCUUGAACAAUCCCCCGGGACCUCGGAUGCCAACAUCACUGAUGCACCAGCCGGGCUACCAGCGUCAGCUGAAGCAAUUAACCCACGUCCUGGCCGAUGGAAAUGCCAACAAGGCAGUGCAGCAGAUGAGGAAGCGAAAGCUCAAUGAUGGCCAGGAGGACUUUGUGGGUCAGUCGGUCAAGACGAAGAUUGUAUCGGCCAGUCGCCCACACAAGCCGAAGCCGCCACGACUUAUUGAUCCGUUUGCUGUUAAGCGAAAGGGUAAAGUCUUCCGCCGCAGGGAGUCGUUAUUAAAGCCAUCUGUGGCUAUCCACUCCACUAACAGAUUUACCCCCAUCCCAACCCCCUUAGUUGGAAGACCCCGAACACGCCCCUUGGCCAAAGUUGGUGGCUCGGCGGUUAGCAUUAGUGGCCAGAAAGAUGCACCUCAUCAAGACAAGUCAAAUUUAAGCAGCGAAGAACUUAACCAAUCCAUUGAAUUCAUACUAGAUGACACCGAGGGCGGCGAGGAUGCAGCAGCUGGAGCUGGACCGGGAUCUAGCGGAGCUUUUCUACCAAAGGUUAUCAAACCGGGUGGCGUGCUGUCCAAACAGCUUCCUCCGGUCAAUCUGGCAGUCGGGACCAAAAUCAAGAUGAUACCCUCCAGCCAGUUCGUCCAGAUUAAAUCUCUGGGACCGCAGGGCAAGCUCAUCAACUACAAGCCAACAAGUGGACCCACCAGCACUUCUGCGGGCAACAUUGUAAAAUCACUACCGGGCCCAUCAUCAGCUGGUGGCCAGCAGAUCUUUACAGUGAAAACUUCAACGGGCCAAACGACACAAUUUACAACAGCGGGACCUUCGAGCUCUUCCACAUCAACAUCAUCAUCAACCGUGGGACAGCAGAAGUACACGGUGUUUAAGAACGCCAACGGCAUGACCAUGCUGCAACUUACUAAGCCCGCAACUAGCAGUUCUUCAGGAAAUGUGGAUCUGUCCAACAUCAUAGACAUGCCCAUUGUGUUUGCCGACAACGAAGGCAACAUCGCAGAUCAGCAGCAGCAGCAGCAACAGCUACAGCAGUUGGAUAAGGACAUAAAACCAGCUCCCAUAAGAAACACAAAUAAGGCACCUCUAAUUAUCAGUCAGAAGAUCAUUAAGGAGGCCAACAAGCCACCGGGAAUUGUCAAUAGCAGUGGCACCACCGCAAGCAAACCAGGUGGCGCUAACAUUGUGCUCAACAAGGGCAUGCAUCAGUUAUUUACCACCACACCGCCAUCGCCAUCUGGCACACCAGUGCCGGGCCAGAACAAAGUGCUCUACAUUAAUCGCAACACGAUGAAACCCAUGGGCAGUAUGGUGGCAACUGGCGCUCAUCGCGUGCCCAUACGUAUUUUGAGUAACCCAAAGACGGGAGCUGUGACUACCAGUAGUCCCCUGGUGGUGGAUCCCGCCACGGGAUCUUUGGUGCCCGGUGUUAAGGCCGUAAAUGUGCAUACAAUUAAGCCAACGGCUGCUACUAUCCGUCAGGUGACCACCACCAAGGCCUAUUCCCAGUUCCAAGUGAUCAACAGUAGCACACCGGGCACGCCUACUGCAGUUUCUGGCGAUGGCAAGUCUUCGAUUAGGAAUGUAUACUUUAAAUCCGCUGCCGGACUCAAGCAAGUGCCAGUACAGAUGCUUGCAAAUCGCUUAGCGCCAUCAUCACCAGCUAUUCAACAUGGAGGAGCUGCUGGUAUGCGUCGAGUGGUCAACAUCGGUACCGUAUCCAAGCUGGCCGCGGGACCAACUGGCCCCGACUCCAAGGUCAUCAAACUGCAGCCCACAACGGGGGCAAUAACUGCUACCAAGGUGGAGGCGACAACAACUGCUAGCCCAAUGCAGAGCAAGAAGUAGGAUUAGGAUUGUUAGAUGUGGGUUAGAUCGCAUUCUAUUUAAGGUAUAUAUAUGUAAAUAUGUUAAGUGAAACAGAAUUAAGUUUGGAAUUAUCAACGCGUUAAUUAUUUCAGAGUUUUAUUUCACAAAAAUAAAAAAAACUCUUAUAUUAA